AUGCAGAACGACUCCGUCUCAAUAUCUCGCGCGACCUCCAUAUCUCGGCCACGCAGCCGUGCGGGCUCGACCGUCUCCCGCAGCCAGUCGCUCAUCCGCAAGAACAUUGCCCCUCACGACCUCCGCCCGUCCGAUAUCCUCAUCGAACGCUUCACCGCAUGGAAGGCGAUCGUCAAGCAGCUCAUCUCGUACUUCGAGGGUAUCGCAGACAUCGAGAACAAUGUUGCCCGCGAGAUGACGAAGCUCGGGGCCGUCAUCCAGGUCCCCUUUCGAGCAGGGAACCAGUUUUUGGGCGAAGGUGGGCUCCAGGACAUUUUCUACGGCAUUCGCGACAAGACGCGUGCCAUUGCCGAUCAGCACGCCAACCUCGGACGCACUGUGGACGGUUCGAUCGUGCAGCAUUUGCAGAAGCUCAGAACAGAGAUUAAGGCGCACAUCAAGAACAUCCAAAAUGACACGGGCAAGCUUGCGACGUCCGUCGCGAAAGAGCGCGAGCUCUCCGCGAAGUUCAUCGGCGACUUGGGUACCAACAUCUCCGUCCUCAAGAAUACUCCCCUCAAUGUCACUGCGCGCACCGACCCCUACGUGGCCAACCAAGCCGUAGCUCGUCAGCUCGUGAAGCAAGUUCACACCGAGAACGCGCUCCAGAAGUCCCUGCUCCUUACCCAAGCGUCAUCCGCGAUGUUCGAAGCCUCCCUCAUUCAAGCACUUCAGUCAGCAUGGGCAACCUUCGCAGAGUGGAGAACGCGCAUGGACACCGCCAUUGGGGAGAUUUGGGGCCACCUUCAGCGCGACAUGUCCGCCCUUCCUCCUGAUCGCGAAUGGAUCUCCUUCGCUGCGCGCGAGGACCACCUCGUCGACCCCGAGACGCCCCUUCGCGACCCCCAGGUGAUUAACUACCCCUCGAAGGACGACCCGAGCGUCAUCCCCGUCCACACUGGUCUCCUCGAGCGCAAGAAGCGGUACACCCGGACCUACCGCGAGUCUUACUACGUCCUCACCCCCGCCGGCUUCCUGCACGAGUUCACGUCCUCGGACCCGUCCAUCGCGGACCGACCCCAGUUCUCCCUCUUCUUGCCGAUGUGCACGCUCGGCCCCCCGAGCCCAACAAGCGGCAAGAGCCACAAGUUCCACAUCGAGGAGCGCAAGGAUGGGUCGGGCACGACUCGCUCGGGCUCGCUGCGCGGCCUUCGGGACUCGAUCACUCGGCGGGGCACGGGGAGCGGGCGGGCGUGGGCAUUCCGCGCGCGGUCGCACGAGGAUAUGAUGGAGUGGUGGAAUGACAUCCGGAUGCUCUGUGCGCGGUACCUCGUCGCGAGCGAGGCGAUGGAGCGGUCCGGGCCGGUGCACGCGGCGGUGCGCGCCGCGGGCUACACGUCCGAGGACGAGGGCGGGGAGACGGAGGACGAGGGCUCGAGCGUCGAGGAGGAGGCGCAGGAGGACGAGGACGAGGACGACGCGGUGUUCGUCGAGGCGCGCGACGGCGAGGAGGAGGCGGGCCCGCCCGACUACCAGUCGAAUCACGGGCACGGCGCGCUGGAGUAUGGCGCGAACGGGUACCCUGUGGACAAGAAGCCCUGGGCAGGGGGCGAAGAGGGCGCGAACAUCUCGCGCGGCCCUAGCAAGCGGCAGCAGGAGAAGGCGCCUGAGGGCCGUCCUCCGCAUGUGCCGCAUGACGACGACGCGACGCCUGUGGCAGAGAGUCGGUUCAUGGAGCAGCUAUAG